AUGAAGGACGGCGACGACGCGACGCGAAAAUCUCGGCACCUCCGAGACAAGCGAGAUGCAAAACUGUACGGAAAGAUGCGCGAGUUGAUGACGAGCGAUCGCGGCGCGCCGGGGGCGAAAGCGAAGGUGCGGAACGCGUUGAAGCGUGUGGAUUCGGAGUUUAAUCAGCGAGGGCCGGACAUCGCGUUGGAUCGACGAGACGCCGAAGUGAUGGGACUUUGUCGCGAUGUGGUGUCGAAAGAGGCGUGGAAGCGUUGGAGCGCGAACGCGUGCCAGGAUGCUGUGAAAAACGAUUCGAUUGAGCGUUUGAAGUUUUUGCACGAGUGUGAGUGCCCCUGGGGUAAGUGUAGAUUUGAAGCGACGAGUUUGAAGAUACUGUACGUCUGCGCUGAGCACGGUAGUACGGAAUGCAUGAAAUAUCUUCUCAAGCAUGGGUGCAAAUUCAGCAACCACGCGUGCACAACCGCCGCCGAGUUUGGAUUUUUGGAAUGUUUGAAGUAUUUGCGCGAACACGGGCAUCAUUGGGACCGGUGGACGUGCACGGGAGCCGCCCGUAAUGGACAUUUGGAGAUGUUGAAGUAUGCGCACGAGAACGGGUGUCCUUGGGACGAGAAUACGUGCUCAUCUGCCGCCAAGAGAGGACAUUUGGAGUGUUUGAAGUACGCGCACGAGCAAGGGUGUCCUUGGAACACGUUGACGUGCUAUAAUGCCGCCUCGAAUGGACAUUUGGAGUGUUUGAAGUACGCGUGCACUCAUGGAUGUCCAGACUCAGCUCCUUACGCCAAGGCGCUGAAAGAAGUCGUUUUACCAGACGCCGACGAGCGAUUCGUCGUCGAAGUCGCGCUCGUGUUCCAUCGAAGCGGCGAGAUCUCCAUGCGCGAAUUCCUGCCGUUAUGGGCAGAGCACAGAAUGUUUUACCGCAAAGCGCACUAUGAAGCUGUUCGAAAGUUCCACGCUUCGUUACGAUUGAAUCGCUAG